GUUUUCUGAAGCCCUGGGAACGUUAUUCACACUAGCUCUGUGUAUCAUUGCAGGAGAAUCUCUUAAUUUGAACCUGGGCCUAUAAAUUUAUGUCUUUUGGCUUUGAUGAAGAAUUUACCCUGAAUUGCAUGACUUGACUGUAUUUUCUAAUGCUGUCCCCUUUGUUUAGGUACCGAUGGAUGAACUACCGAUAUGUAUUGGCCUUUUACUUUGCCGUUGAGCAGAUCAAUAAAAGUCCCCAUUUGCUCCCCAACCUCUCCGUGGGUUAUGAUUUUAACAAUGCAUUUCCCAGUGAUAAAAGAACUUUAGAAAGUGCUCUAGUUUUGCUCACUGGAGGGAAUCAGUCCCUGCCAAACUACAACUGCCAGAUACAGAAACAACCUGUUGCUAUUAUUGCAGGAAACAUGCCAACAUUUUCAGCUCAAGUUGGAACCCUAUUGGAGCUUUACAAAAGUCCACAGGUGGAUCCCUUGGAAGCACUUCCAGUUACUCUCAGAAUGACAACUCUCCACCUCAGAGGUUCUUCCAGGGAAAUUAUCAUAUAAAAGUUUCA